UAUUUAAUUAAAAACGAAAGGAACAUUAGAAAUUUAGAAUUUCUCCAAAACGACAGCACAUUGGCCCUGACUAUUUAUGGGUGGUCCACAUUCAAGCCCAGAGCCGCUUUACAUGUUUAUACUGCACCCUUUACUCCCAGAGGCGGUUAAAACUCACGGCGGCAAAGCCACAAAACCCUCACCGGUGAUCUGAGCAACUCCGAUAAAACUUUGAAAAUGGAACUGGACGAUCUAGCCGAGCUCGAGGGUCCAAGCCAGGCCAAUACGCGAACCACCAAAUUCGCACCCAAGCUCAAACCAAACUCCAAGCCAAAAGCCAAAUCGUCAUCCAAACAAGAGCCUCAGGUCACUGCGAAACCCGAACCACCACCACCACCACCACCAGAAUCAAUUUCGAAGAAGAAAGAAAAUGAAGUAGAGGAUUUAAAGCCGCCGGUGGUUGCAGAACCGAAAGCCGAACAAUCGCUUUCAAAUGGCGCGGUGAAGAUGGAGAUUGAAGAAGAAGCUAAAGAAGAUGAGAUUAUGAACGAAGAAAACAAAGAAGAAGAACAAGGAGAAGAAGAUAUGGUUGUUCGCGAAAUCGACGUUUACUUCACUCCUUCAAUCGAUGCCAACACGCAGCUAUAUGUUUUGCAAUAUCCUCUAAGACCUUGCUGGCGACCAUACGAAUUAGAUGAACGAUGCGAGGAGGUAAGGGUGAAACCUUCGAGCGGGGAAGUGGAAAUUGAGAUGUCUGUCGAUGUUGAUUCCAACAAUUAUGACAGUGAAUGUGCUAGCAAAUUGAAGAUAACAAAGCAGACUUUAUCUUCUUCAUGGCUGCCACCUCGUGCAACUGGCUUUGCUGUUGGAGUUUUAACGGGUGAUAAGUUGCACUUGAAUCCUAUUCAUGCAGUUGUUCAGCUCCGACCAUCUUUGGAACAUCUUAAGCCCAGUGUCUCAAAAAGAAAGAGCACAGUCGCAACUGAUGCUGAAGUUACAGUUAAAGUAGAAGAACCUAAUGAUGGGAAAGCAGUUGGUCCAUCAACCAAGCAGAACAAGAGAAUACAGUCCUCAACUGAGCAAAAAGCAGAUGAUAAAGAGUGUUGGGUUCCACUCAAGUAUCAUAGCUCCAAGAGUGAUUUCUCUGCUCAGUAUCUGCAGAGAAUGAUGACAGAGGAGAGCUGUCCAAUUCAGUUUACCAUGAGCCCGUAUGAUUAUGUUGACUCUUUGUGUCCUGGAGCAAGUAACAACAAUAAAACCCAAGGUCCAUCUAGAAGGUUUUUGCUUUCAAUUCCACUGGAAGAACGCUUGAAGAAAUUACUGUCUGAGGGACCUCCUUUUCACCGAUUCAGUGCUCUUAAGCACUUUGCUCCCGAUGCCUCAAUUGAAGACAUUUUUGAAGUCCUUCAGAAGCAUGCUUUAUUAGUGCAAGGACUUUGGGUUCCCAAGAGUUCGUUAUUAUUUCCAGAAGAUCCAUCUAAAUCUUUAGCAAGAGACUAUGUGCUUCUCUUAUUUAGCAAGAACCCAAUAAUAAGCUUAGCACAAGUAAAUGCCCUUUCCCCAAGUCGUAGAGAAGAAGUGAAAGGCUUCCUGAAAAUUUUAGCCAAUGAAAGGCCUUCCUUCAAAGAUUGGAAGUUAAAAGAGAAUGCUGAUGAAGCAUUCAAAAAACUCUACCCAGAUAUUGUUAAGAAACAAGAACAGAUCUGGAGAGCUGGAGAAGAUAAUGUAAUUAAUCAUAUUUGUCGUGGUGCAAAAGGUGGCCCUAGUAGAACAAAGCCUGGCACGGUUAUUAAACCUGAAAAAGCUGUUAACCCUGAUAAAAGUGCACGAAAGGUUGCAACUGGAGCACACGCUGGGAGGACAAUGUCAGAUGAAACUCGAGAAGCUAUACCGAAGGCCCUGAAAAAGGUGUUUCAGACUCACAAAGUUUGCAGCUUGCAACUGAUUCGCAAAGGUCUACGGGAUUUGGCUCUUUCCCAGUCUACUCUUCCCAAGGCAGAUGCUAGAAUGGUCGUUAAGGCAGCAUAUGGUGCUGAUGCACCUGAACAUGAGCUCCAGGAAGUUGUAAGUCAAGUUGCAGUAGAACUUCAUGGUGGUCUUUUCGUUCUGAAGUCAUCCCCAGAUCAUCCGGAGUAUGAUCCAUUGAGGGAAGUUGUGAUUAAUCUUCUUCGCGUCAAAGGAAAGCUUAAGAAAGCUGACAUCACAGCUGCUGCCCUUCUUAGUCUUAAAAGGGAAAUCACUAAUAAUGAGUAUAACAAGGUUAUGAGCGAUUUUUGCGAGUACAAAAGUAAUUGGUGGGUAUUAAAAAGCGGUGAUGGAAAACCAAGCUAAUUUUGUAUGGGGGAAAGAGGAGCUUGUUGGCCAGCCAGAAGAUGUACAAAUCUUGUGUUGGCCUUUGUACUAGAAAAUUUGUUGAUAACAUGUAUAGCUUAUUGCCUUUCUAGUGAUUGGAUGCAGCGUGAUCAACUUCUUCAGCAUAGCCACUCAAUUACAUUGUAAUGAUUUUGUUUUUUUGGUGGAAUUCACAUAAUAGUAAUUUUCUACCCUUUGGACAUAAAUAAUAAUCGAUUAAAAAAAUAUAACCAAGAUUGAGAGAAUAGUAAGUACAAAUUAUUGGAUUU